CUUAUAUUUCUUAGUCCAAAUGCAUGCUCGGCCUAUGGCCAGUACACUCAAUGCACGCUGAUGAGCCAUGGCUCGUGCAGAGGCCGACGUGAGGGGUUUGCCCAUGAAGUCUGCUCCCUUCGUCUCAGUGGCGGUUCGCAUCAGGCCCAGUCUAUGCGAAGAUCCGGUGUCUUUGUGGGCUGACUUGGAAUCCAACGCCACUCGCGUGUGCUGCCACCGUGGCUAUUUGCUGGAGGAGUAUGAGUUCACCCGCGUCUUUGGACCCGACGAGGAGAACCGAAAGCUCUUCGAGGACCUGCAGGGACCGGCCUUGACCGACAGCGUCUUCAGCGGGGUCAAUGAGACGCUCUUCGCCUAUGGGCAGACGGGCAGCGGUAAGACGCACACGAUCUUCGGGAGUGCCUCAGAGCUGGGUCUAUUGCAGCUCUUCGUUCGACAAGUCUUCCAGGGUGCCUCCCAUGUGGAGGGCGUGUCGGUGCACGUGUGCUGCUACGAGGUGCUGGGUGACACCUUGACCGACUUGGUGGAUUCUUCAAGCCUCUUAGCGGAAGGAUCUCUGACGGAAGAUGACAUCGUCUAUGACGAGCUCUUUAUCAAGACACAACGAUGUCGAUAUCAGAUUUGUCACGUCCGUUCUGCCGAGCAAUGCCUCUCCCUACUGCACUUGGCACGCCGCAGAAGGACCUCAGGUGUGUCCUCACAGAACAGCGAUUCAUCGAGGUCACAUGCUAUGGUACAUCUCUUUGUCCAGACGCCCGGACCGCAUGAGAGCUCCGCCAUCGGCACCUUGACCUUGGUUGACCUGGCGGGCACCGAGAAGGAGCACGAGAACCCCUCGGAGCAGGGCCGUAAGUCAGCGCGGUUGCUGAACACCUCUCUUUGCUCCCUCAACCGCUUGCUGCGGAAGCUCCAGAUGGGCUGCCUGGAGGAAUCGGAACGGAGGCAGAGUGUGCUCAACAAGUGUCUCUGGGAGUAUUUGCGUCCCGGAUGUGGAAUUGCCCUGAUCUUCUGCGUCAGCCCUUUGCUGGCGCACCGCAGUGCCAGCCUCUCCACCCUGGCGAUGGCCACGGACAGCAAGGCCAUCCACAGCCAGCGCAAGAGCCAGUUUAUCCCUGUGAGUCCCAGCCAUGUAGCUGAAGCGCGGGUCAACUUCAGUCCCUCAGGGGCACCUCAUAUGGCUCAGAAUCGGACUCCAAGGUCUAGUAGCAGGCGCCCGACCUUCGGAAUGCCUGGAAUGGAGGAAGAGGCACUCACACUUGGUGUCGAAGACACUGGACAUCUUCAAAGGAAAGACCGAAGCGAGCGGCGGCGCUACGAGCGCCUGCGGCAGGAGGUGGAACGAGCCCACGAGGAGCUCUCCAAUGACAACCAGUCCUUGAAACGUGAAUGUGAGUCUUUGCGGACCCUGUUCGUUCGCCAGCAGAAGCAGCAGAUCGAUUUUUGGACUGGCCCCUUCUUAGAGAUGUUGGGAGAGCAACCUGCGGCGCAAGCUAUGGCAAAGCAGGCAGCCACCAAUGCGCGGGAGGCCAUUGCUGCAGUGAGGAGAGGGGGUGAUGAGUCGGAGGAGCUCAUCUCCAGGAGGCAAAAUCCCUCCGUGCGGCAAGAGAGCCUUGAGACUUUGCGCUCCGAGUUGGAUUACUGGCGUGAAAUGGCACUGAGCUUGCAGAGGCAGUUGCAGAAGCCUGGGACGCGUAGCUCCAAGGCGACGCCCGAGACACGGAGCUCCUCUCAAAGGUCCGAGAGCGGCGAGCGGUCCAUCGGCCCGGAGGGUGAAGCGCAGCCAGGUCGCUCGCCCAAGGAACGUCGCAAGGCAGCCCGCGCCACUGAGACACCGCAGCGACGCGCGGGCGGCGGGACGCAUGCGCGCAGUGACAGCUUGCGCUGCGAUUCUGAGUUGAAUGAAACCUUCCUCAAAUAGGAGCUACCACACUGAUUGGGCGCUUGAAGAAGAUGCAAAUGGAUGUGCACUGGUAUGCUCUUCUACGCUGUUGUUGGGCGCUUCAAGCAACCUGACCGUAUGAUUGGCAUCCUGCCAGGCCGGCCCCAAGCAAGUCGCGGAGCUUGUGGCCUCUGGCUAAUUUGGUGAAUGCCCUACCGCCUCAGUCGGGUGCGCAUGAAACUAAGACAAGAAGUGGG